AUGUCUAGACGUAAUGGUCCAUGUUCACAAAAGAUUUCCAUGUUUUUACAUCCUAAAAAAGCUCAAAAAGUGAAUGAUGAUGAAGAUGAACAUGUUCUGCCUCAAGUAAGCCAAUUUGUGCAAGUGGAUCCUCAAAUAGUCCCUAAUGUUGUAGUGGAACCUGAAAAUGUUGUUAAUUUUGAACGUGAUCCUGGCUUGCGUCACCAAAUACACGAGUAUCCAAAGGAACAAUGGAAUGAAGUUCGUCGAGAAUAUCUCAAGAUUGGGCCAUAUCGGUGGAGUCUUAAACGUGAUGAUUAUCCACUAACCAAAGCUGGAGGAGAUAUGCAAAAUCGAAGAUUUAACCCUUCAUGUGAAACAUACACGGUGAAGGGGAUUAAAAAUUUGAAGAGAAUUUCAUCUGCAGAAGAAUGUUCUUUUUCACAACAUGUAGGAGUUACUUGCUCACAACAUAAUAUUGCGGUGAGCUCCUGUGAAAAUUUGAUGAAGCCUUCUCAACAAAUUGACAAUGUAAUGCGAGUACGAUCUCAAGAAGAAGUUCUAAGGAACCGUUUGCGUGUUGAGGCAACUAUUAGAUGUGUUCGUUGGCUGACAUUACAAGGAUGUGCAUUCAGAGGUAAUAAUGUAUCUAUUAGCUCAGAAAAUUGUGGAAACUUCAUUGAAUUGCUAAAGUUUAUGGGAGACUUAUAUAAUGAUAUUGGCUUGGCCAUUAUGAAAAAUGCUCCAGGGAAUGCCACUUAUACUAGUCCCCUCAUUCAGAAGCAAGCUUUACAUCUCCUGGCCAAUAAUGUGAGAAAUCAAAUAUGUAAAGAGAUUGGAAAUGCAAAAUUUUGCAGUCUUGUUGAUGAAGCCCAAGAUAGUUCUACUGAAGAACAAAUGGGGAUUAUUAUUAGAUUCGUUGAUGAUAGUGGUCUAGUUCAGGAAUGUUUCUUUUCAAUUCUGGGAGUUCAAAACACAAAUGAAUCUACUUUAAAGAAGGUUACUAUUGAUGCCUUAACUUAUUUCGAUCUUAAUGUUUGUAAUUUGCGAGGACAGGGGUAUGAUGGAGCGUCCAAUAUGCGUGGUGCUUGGAAUGGUUACAAGCUUUGA